UCAGUUCCAUUAUAUUGUGAUACGACUUCACGUCUCGGAACUACCAAGCCAACAAACAAAACAAAACAAAAAAUCAGUGCCGCACAGACAGAGAUUUUCGUAUGGGAAAGUAGUCGCUGACUCUCCUGUCAAUCACAUUCGUAGCCAGUGCGCUCCCCUGCUCACUUCCAUUAUAUUUUCCAUACGUGACGAGCUGAGCUGAGCCCCUUGUCGAAAAAUAGCCUGAAAAAUAGAAAAUUUAACAAUUGACAACAUUUUUUAGAACAUUUCGCUUGGCAUUUUCGGACCUCAAACGACGAUGUCCAACAUGCAGGAUGUACCGCUGGCCGAGCCGGAGGUGAUGGCCGGUUCGGUGGCCUCAUCGACAGCCACAACAAAGUCCAGUUCGCUGAAGCGCUUCUUCAAGCUGAGCAAGAAGCCGCACAACCUGCAGGACGAACUGCAAGAUGCGAACGAAUCGGUCGUACGCCAGAAGGAUCCAAGCAAGAACAAUACGGUGGGUCGUUUCUUCACGCGCUUCAAGCAUGCACACAAGGAUGUAUCCGAUGAACCAUCUUCUUCGGCUAGCACUGAGGCCACUGAUGCUGGCGAGGAGCAGCAGCAGCAGGAGCAGGCCCAGGGCCAGGGUAGCAACAAGCCUUCACCCAAUAUGAAGCCCACCAUUAAGGAGUCCAUUUCGGGCUACUGGAAGAUGCUCUUCAAUCGCACCAAAGCCCAGAAGCAUGACGGCUCUGGCAUGUCCGACGGCAUGUCCGACGGCAUGGAGGAGGUGCACGAGCUGCAGCAGGUGAAACAGGAUCAGCAUCAAUCGGACGAAAUGUCCGAGGGCUCUGACCGCGAGGAGCACACUGAGCCCACUCAAAACUUAAACCAGCAGCAGCCGGAGCCCGUUGUGGCCUUGACACUGCACGGGCUGCAGGACGACUAAGACACAAACACCAAGAAACAGCAACAACACACUAUCCUCUUGGGAAACACCUUCAACUAAACAUCGUUACUUUAGUUGUGCCCGCACCCCGGCCCAACCAGCCGGAGCGUCGAAAGCGUCGUUCAGGCGCCGAAAGACAAAACACUGACAAAUAUUUAUACACUCACCUCUUGGCAAUUAAUUACUCCAUCCAUCCUCUACACUCGGGGACUUCAAUAUUUCCACCAAUAUACGCACUCAAAGCGUCACACUUUUCACACUUUUUGGACACAUUUUGUACCAAAAAGGCCUUCCGCUGCUCGACGAGCAAAAUGUUUAAUUGCAAGCAGACAAACCCCCAAAAUAAAUGCUGCUGCAUGUGCAUGUAAAA